AUGGAGUUUAUUAAAGAGGAGAUUGAAGACACGAGUGAUCCAGAACCAUCCAGAAUAAAACAAGAAGAUACUGAGGAACAAACAGACUGGAUUGAAGUAAAACAGCAAAGACCUGAGGUGAACGAAUUGAAGGAGGAAAACAGUAAAAUCAAAACUUCAAGAAAAAAAGCCAAACAGAUGCAGACCUGCUCACAGUGUGGAAAGACUUUCAGAGACAAAGGAAACUUUAAGAAGCACAUGAGAAUCCACACUGGAGAGAAACCGUACACAUGCCCUCAGUGUGGAAAGAGUUUUACUGAUGAUGCAAAUCUCCGUAAACAUCUGCUCUUUCACUCUGGAGAAAAACCUUUUAGCUGUGAUCAGUGUGGUAAAAAGUUUAUUUCACCAUCACAUCUAAAAAGUCACCUGACAGUUCAUUCAGAUGAGAAACCUCAUGUGUGUUCUUACUGCGGAAAGAGUUUUUCAUGGCUGGCCAGUUGUAAACAGCACCAGAAAACACACAAUGAAGUGAGAGAUCAUGUGUGUUGUGAGUGUGGGAAGAGCUUUACUAGAGCUUGCAAUUUGAAAGUUCACCAAAGGAUUCACACUGGAGAAAAACCUUACAAGUGCUCAUAUUGUGACAAGAGUUUCACUGAGUCUGGAAGCCUGAAAGCACAUGAGCGAGUUCAUACUGGAGAGAAGCCGUAUCACUGUACUCAGUGUGGAAAGAGUUUCAAAGAUGCAUCUGGUCUCAGUUAUCAUCUGCACGUUCUUUCUGGAGAAAAGCCGUUUAGCUGUGAUCAGUGUGGUAAAAUGUUUAUUUCAUCAUCAUGUCUAAAAAGUCACAUGACAGUUCAUUCAGACGAGAAGCAUGUGUGUUCCUUCUGUGGGAAAGAUUUUUCAAGCCUGCGCAGUUAUAAAAAGCACCAGAAAACACAUGAUAAAAAGAGAGAUCAUGUGUGUUGUGAGUGUGGGAAGAGCUUUACUACAGCUGCCUUUCUGAAACAGCACCAAAGGAUUCACACUUAA